CAAUUUUGCCCGCCACUAGGAAAUACCACGAAGUAGUGUGUGACAGGGCAGUGGCGGAACCCAUAGACCGGGCAGUGGCGGAACCCAUAGGCGGGGACCCAUAGGCAGAGCAGUGGCGGAACCCAUAGACAGGGCAGUGGCGGAACCCAUAGACCGGGCAGUGGCGGAACCCAUAGACCGGGCAGUGGCGGAACCCAUAGGCGGGGACCCAUAGGCAGAGCAGUGGCGGAACCCAUAGACAGGGCAGUGGCGGAACCCAUAGACCGGGCAGUGGCGGAACCCAUAGGCGGGGACCCAUAGGCAGGGCAGUGGCGGAACCCAUAGGCAGGGCACAAGCAGAGUUGACAGGUCCUCACUGCGAACUUGGGGCUCAUUUAGUGAAAGGGUAUCCGCUGCUGUUAGCACAAACCUGGUGAGAGGAAAUGGCGCAGGCAGAACCCCUUAGGGCCACAGUGGAGGAAAAAGCCCUGGGGGCGCUACAGGGGACCCUAGAGAGAGUCAGUAAGAAUAAGUUCUGUUCGAUAAAGAAGAAGCUGAAGGACUGGCAAAUCCCAGGGAGGCAUGAGCGGAUCCCGGAGAGCAGCCUGCAGUGCGCACACAGGGCUGAGCUUGCCAGUCUCAUUAUCCGCCACUAUGGGGCGCACUAUGGGGUUGAGCUUGUGCAGCAGGUACUGGAGGAUGUUGGGGACCAAGAAGGAAGCAGGGAGCUAAGGGAAUUCCUGGAACGGGAGGGCACUUCAUUCAUGAGUUGGUGGAAAUGGAAGUCACGUUUCCCUCACCUGUCUCCCAAUGACUUGGCCCAGGCAGGAUUCUAUUAUGUGGGGCCCGGGGACCGGGUGAGGUGCUUCUCCUGCGGGGGGGAGGUGGAAAACUGGCAGCCUGGGCACGUGCCCCUCUCCCAGCAUGGACUCGCCUUCCCUUACUGCCCCUAUGUGCGGGGUAAGAUGGGAAUGGAUGCAGGAAUAGUGGGGCAAAUGCAGAAACUAUCCCUAAAACAUCAGCCUGUAUACCCUGACAUGGCAGAGGAAUGGGACAGGCUGGCCACUUACCGACCGGGGCCCUGGUACCCAGGAGAGCAGCCCAAGCAGGACCAGAGCCGGAUCAAGAUGAUGACUCAGGCAGCAAGUAUUGCGCCUUCCAUGUAUGAAACACAGGUACCUUUCCCAGGUGGGAAUGUUUUAUUUCCGGGGCCUUUUGUGCCCACAUUCCAGUCAGGCCCUACAGUUGGAGGUGUUGAUCCUGAGGUGCAGAAAAUGAAAGAAUCUUUUACAGGUGGUGGUAUCCAACAUCAGGGACCUGUCCCAGGUGUUAAUAUUUUGUUUCCGUUGCCUGUUGUGGGAACAUUUCAGUUAGCCGUUACAGGAGGCGGUAUCAAUAAUCAGCAACCUUUCCCAGGUAGUCAAAUUAUUUUUCCUGUGCCUAUUACAGUGAUGCCAGGCCCUACAGUUGGUUUAGUUGGUGGUGUUCAGGUUCAGGUGCAGAAAAUGGAGGGCUCUUCUACAGGUCAGGAAAAAGCACCUUCUGCAGUAAAUGAAGGCGGAGCUUCUGGAGUGCAGGAAGCGUCAUCCAUUAAUUGGCUCUAUGGAGGAACAGUGGAGUGUGUUCUCUGUGGAAAGAUCCCCCCUCAGAUGCAUUUUAAUGCUCCUAUGAUCGGACAAACAUACAGAGCACAUCUGCCAUGGAAAGGACUCUUCCGCUGCAUUCAUACAGGAAUACAGUUUUUUGUGAAUACCCCUGCCGUAAUUGACUUUGAACUUGUCUCCUGGGGCUGCUACUCAAAACACCUGCAGGAAAACAGAUUAGAGACUGUCGGCCCUUUGUUUAACAUUAGAGUGCUGUCUGGGCAGGUAUCAGCCGUGUAUCUCCCGCACUAUGUGUGUCUGAAAAAAGGUGGAGAUGUUGAUGUUAAGAAAUUUAAAAUCAUUCAUUACAAAGCUAACGGCAUGACCCUGGAAACACCGUCAAAAAUUGAACCUUUUUACGUUGCCCUGGAAAAACCCACCUUCUCUUUAAUGGGAGUUGUCUAUAAAGUAGCAAAUCUAUUUCGAACCAAAAUUCCAACUCAUGGAGCCGUUUUUAUAUACAGCAAAUUCAUUAAAGGUUACACCAUUCACCUGUACUUCAUGCCACAGGACCACUCAGUAAGACAGGCUGUGCACAAGAAGGAGACUAACAAUGGAUAUUUUUGGGUGGACAAACCCCCGCUGACAAGAACUGUGUACACUCAAAGAAAAUAUGUUGUACAAGGACCAGAGAGCGCCAGAAUAAACCCAGAGGAUCUCAAGCUGCGUUUCGAUGCCAAGCCGGAGAUGUACAAUUACAGCGAGAUCUACCUGCCGGAUGUAGAUGAAGAAACUAUCUUAAGGGUAACAAGUGAAAGAGAAGAGAAAUCUGUGUGGUGUGCAGUGCUGAGGAAAGAAGAGCUAAUGUCAGGACAGCCGAACGUGGCAGGUGGGCAGCACUUUGUGGAUAAGCACAGGGCAGAGCUGAUUGAAAGGAUUCCCAACAUUGAUCCAGUGCUUGAUGAGCUGCUGGGUGAUGGGACCCUGACCCAGGAACAGUACGACACAGUGAGAAGCAAGGGAACCUGCCAGGAUAGGAUGAGGCAACUCUAUGACUGUGUCAGGGCCUGGGGGGAUUAUCAGAAAGACGCACUCUUUAGGGCUAUUGAAAAACACAUUCAGCCUCUUAUCAGGGAUCUAAAAAACAAAUGAAUCUGA